AAGCAGGGGAAUCUAUUGCGUAAUCCCGUGAAACCAGAAUGAAUUGAGGAGGUACGAGGUACAUAUGCCACAAUACAAGGGAUGAGAACUGGAAAGCACAUCGCAAGCCCAUUUACAUUUUACAUCACUUAACAUUAACUUAGGUACCUAACAACUAUAUUACCUUUUUCAUCUUGGUCAUUUUUUACUUCAACCGUCUCAUUAUACCAUGUAGCGAAACGAACCUUAUAGUUAGGUAGCCCCCCAUACAAUGAGGAAAACAGGGUUGGACUCGGAUGAGCCUCAACCUCGACAGCACCAGUCAGAUCUCAGCUCAUCUCAGCCGCCACAACCGUCUUCACCAGGUUUCAUCGGUGGAACAUGGUCCGUGACUAAGGCUGUCCUAGUCGCGCUGUCUACAGCAUUCUGCGCUAUCGUUCUGGGCAUCUCCAUCACCCUCAUCGUCGACCCUGCUAUACAGAGCUACGUCGUCGUGUGGACCGCGCCCCAGGCCGUUGCUGCUCUGUUCUGGUCCGCCAUCGACCUUGCUGCUACGUACGCGGGGAGCACGAGUCGCCGGCCGAUUCAUCCAGGCGCGCACGCGGCAGUGCACCUCUUGCUAUGGCUCGGCUUCGGCGUCGGCAUCGGUUUGACGGCGUACAUCUUGUCGUGGGCCCUGGAGGUUUCCGGCUCGGAUGACCGCGACGCGUACCCCGAAUAUUACGAAUAUUACCACGGCGGUGAUAUUAACAACUAUUUCGAGUAUUAUAGUAAAUCCUAUAUCCGGUUAAUGGAGGUCCUCGUGGCGUUUCUGGCUCUUUUGACAAUCGUACAUUUCCUCUUGUUUUUCUCGGCUUGUAGAGGAGUUGUCCAGCGCAGAAGGAUAAGCGGCAAGCCUGUCGUUAUACCUCUUGAGCAGCUGGGCCAACCAUUGUCUGGGAGGCAUGAGAAGGAUAAAGGAGAUCAAACAGUCAUCGUAUAAUUGGGUUGAAAAUUUGGCAUGCGUUAGGUGCCUAGGCAUAAGGAGUUUCGUACGUAUUAAUGAAAUUAGCUAUUGCCUUAUGCAUGUCUCUAGGUGUCAGUGGCCUCAGAGACUUUGCUGCGAAACUGAUUAAGUCUCUUCCAUUAUAUAAAAGAGCUUCAGAUGAUAAUGUCCAGUAUCUUUUAAUCUUAAUAGCUUAGCACUUGGAAACUCUGAUUUGAUGUGCUUCAUUGUAUGUUAGGCAUAUAGAAUUAGGUAUCCCACUCAGCAACUACCUGUUGUGCAAAUCAUAUUCCCUUAGCCAAGGGAAGUUAAUCGUAUCCACCUGGGAUGUGUAU